AUGAACGCCCUAUUAAGUGCUCCUAGGAAACCCAUAAUAGCUGCGAUUUCGAUAAUCACAGCAUUGAUAGUCCUCUUCAGAUUCUACGGCGAUGUACCAGUCGACGUUUACAGAAACUAUGCGCCUGGAGAGUCGAUACUACCUGCGACAACACAGAAUGAUAAGCCACAGCCCGGUUACUUCAAGGCGCAGCCAGAGUGGGAUUGGAAGGUGCCAGACUUUGCUGGCUGGAAAGGCUAUGCCCGGAACCCGCGGAACCGCGACAUUAUUGUCUUGACGGCGAGUGACGGUGGAGGCCACAACAGCGCUAUUCCCAACGUCCUCGAGCGAGUGCUGGACGACCGUGAGAAGUACUGCGCAAGGCAUGGCUACACAAACCUGUGGCUCAACACCAGCCGUUACGAUAUUGGCGAGGCGCAUAGGACUUGGUCCAAGAUCCCUGCUGUCGCCGAAGCCUUCUCCCUCUACCCAAGCGCCGAAUGGGUCUGGCUCAUUGAUACCGACAUUAUCAUGAUGGAGCCAGACUACGACCUGGUCAAGGAGAUUGUUGGCCCCGACGCCAUCAAGCGCGGCCUGAUGCGCGACACGCCCAUUCUCGACGGCCAGCUCAAGAAGAACCCCACCAACAUCAACACCCCCAAGAACUUCCGCGUCGAGGACAUCGACAUUCUGAUCACCCAAGAUCACCAGAGUGUCAACACCGGCAGCACCUUCUUCCGCCGCUCCGCCUUCACCCGCUGGACCCUCGAAAUGAUGACCGACUACACCAUGCUCAUGGGCCAGGACCACGUCGGCGCAGAGCAGGAUGCGAUCAAGCACCUCAUGCUCGAGCACCAGCUUGUGCGCAACCACGUGGGCAUCUACCCCCAGCGCAAGUUCAACGCCUACGUACAAGGCGGCGACAACAUGGGCUACCGUGACGGCGACCUUCUCGUACACUUUGCAGGCUGUUGGGUUGGCGGCAAGUGCCAGGAGUGGUUCGAGGAGUUCUGGGGCAAGAAGGGGCACAAGGACGUCUGGAGGCCUGAGACCGGCAACGCAUGA